GAGGGAGGAGGAACUGCUCGCGAGCGGUAUAGACUCCAAAACGGAGAGAGAGCAGCAAACAAACAAACAAGGCCAGAAAUGGUUGCCCCCUUUCGAAGCUCCCCGUCGUCGGCGCGCUCUUUCGGCCGCCGGUGCGAUGGGGUGGUGCCGACGCGCCGUGACAUCACGCCGGAGACGACGACGACGACGAACCCUACAGCGAGCGACGCCGACCGGCGGUUCGGCCAAAGGCUUUGGCCGCCAGUGGCUGCGGCUGCGCGCGUGCCUCUUCCACACUGCAGUAGCAGCGGGCGCCGCAGCAGCACCGUAGAGCUCGCGAGCGCCGCUGUUCCACGAGCCGCUGCAGCGCAGCGCGGGCAGCAGCUCCGGCGGUCUUAUUUUUGGAGGCCGCGCAGAGCCCGCGCUUUCUUUCUCUCGGAGGGCUGCCGCACCGGUGGCUGCAGCGGCGGCGGCGGCGUGGCAGAGCCCACAACAACAGCGACGGGCCGAAAGAGAAAGCCUGCGCGCCCGCCGCAGGUUUUAAGGGCCGCGCCAGCCAGACGGUCGGGGAGGAAAUCUAUUCGCCACACCGUCCCGUUCCGUGGAGGAGUCCGGGGGCAGUGUCGCCGCUCCGUCUCCUCGGCCGCUGCUGUGUUCUUGGAGGCCGCCGUCGCAUAACCAUUCUUGCCUGACAAGCAGGGGACGAUCGCUCGCUCUUCCUGCUUCCCAUGAUAGCCGAGGCUCGCUCGUCCAGAAAGAGGGACUCCGCACGUGGCGGCUCGGUCGGACGCGGAAGCACUACUGCGGACGGCGAACAUUGUCUCUCCGCCAGUGAACGCCGGUGGAACUCCUAUAGAGGCCGUGAAGGACAGGUUCUGGUGGAAGAGCUAGGGUGCAGUGGUGUUUCCGUAACGGGAUUUAGCAUGUUUCGCGAAGCAACGUCUCAGUAAGGCGUGUUUUGCACGCUCAGGAGACAUUUAGCUUGUACAAGUAUCUCUGCGCCUAGAUUGGUGUCCUGGAAAUCUCAUCCCACUUGAAGCUUAAGUAGCACUAAAGUUGGUUGCAGCUGAGGCGAAGACGUCCACCUCGCCCGGCGAAGCCGGCGUCGUCGUGGACCACGUGCUUUCGGGGUUGCCAUCAUGGGGCAACGUGUUCGACAGCCGUCCUGGGGCGCCCGCGACACAGCCCACGUCCAUGCGCUUGACGGAUUGCAAAACCGAUGAAGAACGCCUUUCAAAAGUGGAACUGCUCGCUCAACCCACCGUGUCGCUUGGCUUCUACUGCACUGGAAGCCGGCAGUCGAGAGUCGAAGACUCGCCGAACCCGCGAUUAUCGACACCACGCGCCAUCAGAGAAGACAGAAAUGUCACCUCUGACCAUAUGAGUGCCCAAGUGAGUGUUUCGUUGUGCUGUGAUCAUGUUCAUAUCUCCCGCGUCACCAUGACGAGUCGACCGCCGGAACAGGGAACAGUGCCGAACAGGUUCGUUUGCCGCCUGCGUCUCCGCCGUCUUCAGUCUACGCGUUUCGACCGUGAGGUGGCCGCAUGGUGCAGUAGUGGUCGUCGUUAUGAGUGCUUACAGAAGACGAGCCGGUGAUCGCCGCGAAUCCUGGUCGGCACCGGGACGUCGUGGCCCCGUGAAGAACCCUCCGCCGCUCGCUCGGGCAGCUCCAGGAUGCGGGAACCACGCCGGUCGUCGCGAUGCUCCAAGUGCCGCUACUACUGCCGCGCCGGCACCACGUCGCUCAUGUCCCACUUUGGGCUGUGCAGCCUGGUAGUCGGCUAUUGCGUGAUGGGCGCGUUCCUCUUCGAGUACCUCGAGGCCACCAACGAGCGCAACAAGCGGCUCGAAAUGAUGCGCUGGCGCUCGAACCUGGCUGACGCGCUGUGGGAGCUGACGGCCGAGGCGCCGCUCCUGGACCAGACCAACUGGACCGGCGAGGCCGUGGCCAGGCUGCGCCGCUUCGAGGUCACCCUAGUACAAGCGGUGCGCAAAGAAGGCUACGACGGCAAGGAGGACGCCCAGCUGCAGUGGUCCUUCACCGGCGCCCUGCUCUAUUCGAUCAUCGUUAUCACUACCAUUGGGUACGGCAACAUCGCCCCCAAGACGCCCCAGGGCAAGGUGGUGACCAUCUUGUACGCCAUCGUGGGCAUUCCCCUGAUGCUGCUGUGCCUGUCGAACAUAGGCGAUGCCAUGGCGCAGAGCUUCAAGUUCUCCUACCGCUACAUAUGCUGCUCCAUUUGUCACCGCAAGGCCGUCCAAAGGGCUAAAGGACGCUACGCGCGCAAGAAUUUCCACCAGGAACAGCAGCAACACUACCAGCAGCAAUUCCAAAUGCAGCCCCGGUCCGUGGGCCGCAACAUGGGUCAGGGCGCCGGCGCAGGCCACGGUUCGUCACUGGCAGCGCCUCCGAGCUACAAGGAGCUGUCCGCGUGCCGUCCGGCGCGCAGUGGCGGUGGAUACCCUCCGUCGUCGCGCUUGCCUCCGGGAUCGGCGAUGGGCAGGAGGCAGGCCGACCUCGAGGCCGCUCGAGUUCCCGUCAUCAGCAACAAGUACGCACUCACAGAGGACGCCGGCGGCCCUGCUUCGGCCCACGACUACAGGACACCGCCCGCCAGGACAGGACGGCGCGCCUGGCGCGACGACGGCGGCGAGCUGGCCGACGACGAGUCGGUGAACGCGCUCGAGGACGACGACGACGACGUGGGCGACGAAGAAGAGGACGAGGUCGUGGGUUCGGUGCCCAUCUGGUUGUGCUGCGCCAUCGUCGUGGGCUACAUCUGUGGCGGCGCCUGGCUCUUCUACUCGUGGGAAGGCUGGGGCUAUCUGGACAGCGCCUACUUCUGUUUCGUCACGCUCACCACCAUCGGCUUCGGCGACCUGGUCCCGGGCACGGCGCUCUCGGACGACCAGACUGUGACGCUGGCGGUGUGCGCCGUGUACCUGCUGUUUGGCAUGGCGCUACUCGCCAUGUCGUUCAACCUGGUGCAGGAGGAAGUGACGCGAUCCGUCAAGUGCGUCGGCCGUAGGCUGGGAAUAAUUUCGGACAGGGACGACGAUCGGUGAUUUUUGGCUGCCAGGGAUAUGCUAGAGCAGCAGAAGACGCGAACGUUAACACGCACGACGCUAGCAGACGAAAUAGAUUCAUACUAAAUGAGUGGUAGGAAUGGGUAGUUGCUUACAAAACGGUGGACAUGGUGUCAUUGGUCGCUUGCGGUCAUCGGUCGCUUUUAAUGCCUGCAGUACGGCAAUGCCCAUGACCUUCAAACAGGUCUUAGUUACUCUGAGAGGGCUGUCGCUGGAGUUGCGAGGCGGACACCAACUACUGCAUCAACUACUAUAUCAUAUAUGGCUCAGAGUGGACAGUUAGCCGCGGGCAAGUAAGAAAGAAUGGUCUCGCAACAAACUGAGCCGUAAUGUGUAAAGUUUCUUAUAUAACGCUGUCCGACCAUUUCUGAACGACGCCAUAACGAAAAGAAAAGACGGAUCCAGUGCUCUGAUGAAGCCAAACGAUCGAUAAGAAAUUUUGCGUGUACCGUGAAAACAAAGGUAAUAAGGUGCAGAGUUGUCUGCUUGUCUAUAGUCAUUUGAAAGGUAUACGCCAAGCGAGGCAACGAAGGAUAAAGAACACGUGAUAAGCUUCUAAUGCGAUGCAUAGAGGCAAUGUCGCAGCCGUGAACGCAUUGUUUCGGUUUCACGGAGUUGAGCUUCAAUGGAGAGAGAGAGAGAAAUAUGACUGCAGUGGAGCACAGACAUUUUAGACUUCGUGACGACUAUUCACGUUUAGCGGAUUCGACAAUGUUAACUUGGUCGGCUGAAUGAAAAGUCACAGCAAAAAUGAUAGCCUCCUGAAUGGCGCAUUUUGUCUGCAACUCAUGCGAAGUCUCGAAAUGCAACUCAAUAAGAACAAAUAAUGCACAUCGAGCACAAAUAAGUGACAGCGACCAUUUAAACAUCGGGAGGUGUGUCGAGCGCACUCAAAACUUGGUGUGAAGAAGACAAGCAGUUAUUGAUGGGCAUACAAAAGUGAACAUACUCGCUCUUGAGCGUGCCUUGCUGAUGCGACGAACAGCACCUAAUUAAUUAACGCACAAUGCGGUUGACUAACCACCUGUCACGACGAUUAUAGAACCGUCUUUUCUUCGCCCUCUCUCCAACGAGAUAACUUUGUCGAGAAGUAAGCUGAGAGGUGCAGACCAACUAAAGACAACGUUUAUCAUUCAAGGGCGCUAAUUUUGUACUUCAACCUCACUCUCAUCUAUCUGAGAGAGAUCGCGGAAGAUAACAAAGCUCGUCAAAUUGUUAUGUAGAGCCAGCGUUAAUCAUUCUCGCACUUAUAGGCGUACUCGUGUGCGAAGAGCGAUUUUCAAGCAAGGCUGUUGAAAUGACGUUAUGACGUCACCACAAGGUGCCUUCUUCAAUCAAGUCGACAAAGGCGCCGAGAAGUCAGUGUACAGAACCAGGAGAGUAGGUACUGUUUUUUGUUAUUGCUUUAGAAAGUGGUUGUGAAAGACGAUAAAAGUGGUGAAGAUAAGAUAACGUAGGAGUGUGAAAGUGCCGUGACAAGGACAACUAUACCUGAUAUACCUCGAUACGCGGCUGCUGUGCGUGAGACAAGAGACACUUGCAGAGACCGCAGUUUCUUUUUUUGUUCUUUCGUGCCUUAUUUCGCGUUUUGCUUUUUCCUUGUGACAAUGGUAGGCUCACAGCGUGGUGCAAAACCGUCUGCGGUGGAAGACGACAACACAACUAUUUUUACAGGAGUCGAAGAGCUGUGUGCAUAUUCCGAAUAAAGAAGACAACAUUCAGCUCACGUGACCAAACGUUUGCCCAAAA